AGAAAGGAAGACAGAGGGCGGUUCCAUGCAGGUUCCAGACCAUCCUCGUGAUCCAUGCCGCAGCAUCUUUUGCUUGUCUUCCUUUCUUUCUCUCCUUCUCUCUCUUCCCUUCCUCUACCUUUUCUUCCCCCCUCCAGCUUCGGCUUUCUCCGCCGUUUCUUUUAUUGUAUUUUUAUUUCCGUAUUCUUACAGGCUAUUGGGCACGGAGCACAGAGACUCGGCCCAUGGAAGAAGCAGUUCUACUAUUCACACACGCCAACGCACCCGAUCCUGACCAAGUGUUCCGUUGGACAUAUUAUUGCGACUGCGGUUGCGAGGGCGAUUGUCUCGCAACUCUGGUGCGGCCGAACCGAUCAAAUCUUCUAUCGGAGAACGACAGCCUUUCCGGUCUCAGAUUGAGCGACAGAGAAAAUUAAAAUUCGAAGCCAGUGCGAGAGGGAAAACAGCAAAAAGAAAAGGGAGGGAAACAAUUUGAGAGAAGGAAAAUCAAAUGAUCAAUUCUCAAAGUGAGCAUCAACCCAAUCAGAAGAAUCAGAGUCUUUAAAUUGGACGACGGCCUCGCCAUGAUUCGGGAAGCGGAGACUCUUGGGUGUUGAUCAGCGCCCUCUUGGCCCAGACUCCGUGAUAAUCUUCCACCUUCCCACGUUCGCCUGGCAUCCACGAGUGCUCUUCGACCGCGCUGCCCUCCUUACCUGUCCCCUUCGUGUCAUCCAUCGACCCUCUGUUCCGCUUCAAACAGGGGGAUUAUCUCCAAGUGUCCCCCUCAAUAAAUCUAUAUAUCAGAAAAUCAGAGAAAAGGGGUGGAAAGAAGAGAGAAAAUAAGAACGCACCGGCUUCCUCCGUCCACUCCUGCGGCCCCCCCGGCCAUUACCCUUUUCCCCCCUGUUCCGCCGCGCGAGAUGAGCGGCCUCGCCGAUCCCCCGUCGAGAAACACCGGGAUCUCUGGUGCUACAGAUGCGCCCGGCAAGACACGAAAACUUCCUGUUCUUUCCUCCUCCGUCCCUCCUUCGUCCGCUCCGUCCACGGGCGAUCCGAUGGAACUCACUCCACAUGCUUCAGCGGCGACGGGCGCCGGUCCCCCGAUCCGCAGCAGCCCCGAUAGUGAUCGAGCAGGCGCAAACACUGCUGCUGCCUCCAAUGGCUCUACUGAGACUGGGAAUGUGAAUAAUUAUGCCACCCCAAAUCAGGCUAUCGGAGCUGCCGCUGCUGCGCAGCAACCUAAGGUGGUGCAAACCGCUUUUAUCCACAAGCUUUACAAUAUGCUAGAGGAUCCUAGCAUCCAACAUUUGAUUUCGUGGUCCAACACCCACGACAGCUUCGUCAUGUCUCCUACGUCCGAAUUCUCAAAAGUUCUUGCACAAUAUUUCAAGCACACCAACAUUUCGUCCUUCGUCCGGCAACUGAACAUGUAUGGGUUCCAUAAAGUGAGCGAUGUCUUUCAUACCGGCUCCCCGGACUCUGCGCUGUGGGAAUUCAAACAUGGGAACGGGAAUUUCAAACGCGGCGAUCUCAAUGGACUCCGAGAGAUUAAAAGGCGAGCAUCCCGGCACGCAUUGAUUCAUCGCGACUCGUUUCCUGGCCAUAAGACGGCCGUGUCUCAGCCUGGCACCCCCGCCGAGCCUGUUCCUGAUGCCACCGAGGCGCGACUGAUGAACCUAGAGCAUUCUUUAUAUGACAUGCAUAAUCGCCUGAGUCGCGCAGAGGAAGGAAAUGUGGCACUAAACGCCCGAUACCAAUCCAUGGCGGAAAGCCUAGCCCGAUGCUACCAUUGGACCCAUUCGAUCUCACGCUUCCUGCAGGGAAUGAUACCUGACCGUGAAGGUUUGUUAUAUCGGGAUGUGUCAAGCAUGCAAGCAGAGUUGGAGAAGCAUCUUGAGACCGUGCGAGCCCUCGAACAGCCACCCGACCCGUAUCUUGCCGUUCGUCCGCCUUAUAUUCCCACUGUCUCGGUCGAUCCGGGUCCGCCACUCUCCCCGCGCCAAAUGCCCCAGGAAGAUUCUCGCCGGCCUUCGAUGAUGGAUGCUAGCAGGCCUAACAUGAUUCGUCCCCCAGUCCCCCCACACUUGGCUGUUUCCCCCCGUCGUUAUGGCUCGAUUGGUGCGGGAAAUUCUUCGCCGAGCUACAAUAGACCUCCCGUCCCUCCUGCCAUGCCCCCUCAGCAGCCGAUGCCUCAUCCUCUUUCAUCCGUGUCUUCCCCGCCGGGGCCCAACCUAGCUCGUCGACAUACCUCUGCAGAUAUUCGGCAGCACGGCUGGCCACCACCUGGCGUGUCUCCCUUCCCGUCGACUCACCAGCCUGGGCCAGCUGCGGCACCAUGGUCUCCGUCGCCGCACCGGACCCCAACAUCAAGUGAGCAGCAGGUUAGGGAUGUCCUAGCACAGUAUGAGAUGGGUGCGCCUCGCCGUUUUCAGGAGACAUCGCGCCAUGCCACGCCACCUUUCAAUCCGGACCAUAUCGUCUCGACCCCCAAUGCUGACCAUAGCUGGUCAUUGGGAGGCCCCAGGUUCCCUCGCCACGAAUCGUCCUUGCCUGCAACCCGACGUUCCAGUAUGGCUAGCAACGUGCAUUCAUUACUGAAUCCGGCCGAUACCGCAGAAAGGCCGGACGAAGACCAACACGCGAUGGCGGAUGACAGAAAACGGAAGCGAUUGGAAUAACCCUCAAUUCCCUAUCAGACUUUUCUUUCUUUUUCGUUCCUCCUUCUCAAAAACACCUCAUUAAUAUUAAUUCGAAGCACAUAAAGGAAACCCGUGAUGGUAAGGAAAAUGGUGUCGCUGGCUACUAGUCAUGGCGCAACAUUGGGAAGAAAAACAGACAACUAAAUCCUUAUCCUUUUUUUUCUCUUUCUUUUUCUUUCCCCAUUUACCACCAUUCCCCUUCCCGCUCUCUAUCUGCUCAAUUUCCUUUAUCUUGUCGUGUGGUACAUUGCAUCAGGAUGCAAAUUGACCGUCCUUUUGUAUUUGUUCGUUUUUUUUCCCCCGGAUGGGGUACCUCUUGUACAAUUCGUUUUGGCGGUUUGGUCCCCGUCUGCACACUUUGGGACAACGCUUAUCACCAAUUUCUUUUCUUUUCGGGGCCGGGGGAGGGCCAACAUAGGUGUCGAGUUUACAACGACGAUCGUUCUUGCACGAUGGAAAGUGCAAGAAAUGGCAUUGCAAUGCUUGGUCUGCUUACGGGGUACACAUCCUGUCAAAUUAUAGUCGUCUUUUGGAUACAGCAAAACGGUACCAACUCAAGACUCUUCUUGAUAGGCUGAAUCUCUCUUGAUCAGCUGCCAGGGGAAUGGGGAUUAGCUUCACUUCUUUCUAUAUAUAAAUAUAUAUAUACACGCAAAGGACAUAUGCAUAUGUCGGAUUUUGUGACUUGUCUGUCGCCCUUCACGAGCUUAUUAACAAACUCACUGGGUAUAAUAAUAACACAGAAUAAAAUCAAGGGGCCGAUAACCGAGUUCAUUUCUUCUUCCUCCUCUUCGAUCGGUCUGCAAGGAGCUCAUCUAAGAAACUCGUGGCCUUCUUGCUUGAUUUAGACCUUGGUGGUUGUCGGGAUGAGGUCCCCUCCUGUAGUGAUGCGGAUUCUCCCUGACCUUCGCCCGAGUUCAUCGCCGUCUCAUUGGAGCUUUGACUGGCCUCGAUAGUAGCCUUUCGUUUUCUCGACUGGCGUUUGCUCGUCCCAACUGUUGUCGUCCGCCCUUCAUCUCCGUCGUCCUCAUCCUCGUCGUCCGCCUCCUUCGGACUAGGGCCGAGAUUUGCACGAAGCCCAGGUUUCCCGGGAUUUCCGGUAGCGGAAGCUCCUGCACUAGCAGCGACGACCUUCUUGUAGUUCUUGCCGAGAAGCUGUCUCCGUAGCUUGUCGUUGGAGUCCAGUUCGGCGCGAUUCCAACUUCCGUCGGCCGCCUUGGUCGGCAACGGGGCACCAAUUCCUAGUCUGUAGCGGAAGGGAAGCACGCGUUGAUUAGCAUCACAAACACCAGCAAAGAUGGGGCAACAACGUACGUUUCCGGUACCGCGGUAAAAAUCUCAUCCUCUUCCCGCUGCAGCUCUUCUUCCGAUUUAACAUUGGCGAGUUCCUCUGAAGUCGGCGGAGGGAGCCACGAAGCAACGAGUCGUUGACUGCGUGCUAGGGAGACGUUAGCCUUAUUAAGGAUAAUGUCGGUUUCACUUUUUGAUAUUGACAUGUUGAUUCUGUCGCUUUUGUUGCUGUUGUAGUUGGUGAAAAGAUCCAGACUUUGGAGGGCCCAGAACCCUCAAAGGCGGCGUAUGACGGCAGAAUGAACCCAUCUGAUGAAGUGAUGGUCGAAUAUUUCUAUGGCAGUAUUACUGGCUUAGUGUGAAUUCAUCUUUCUCUUGAUCUUGUUCUUACUCACCUACUUAUUCUCAUUCUUGGUUCCUGCUAGG